UAUGUGCGGGUGUGUAUGUGUGUGUGUGCGUAAGUUUGAUAUAUCUCCAAAAUGUUUGGCUGCUGGUUGGCUGGAAUUGAAGCGCUUAAUAGUUUGUCAGAAUCAAAACUAUUCCAGAAGUCACCAAGUUACCUUACGGUUCGCAAUGGAAUCUUUUAAAGACAAUUCAGACUCGAAAACGAAUAUAGAAUCUCUGCAGCUAAAAGAGACAACACAUACAGAGACUAUUGAAGCGUUGCUGAAGCGAUGUGGCGGUUUCGGUCCCUACCAGAAGAAAAUUGCUUCUUUACUUGUCUUGUAUUUCCUCCUUUCUCCUCUACAAACCAUGAGUAUGGCAUUUAUCGGGGCAAAAGUUCCCUUUUCUUGUACUCCUCCGAAUUUCAAUUCUUCACUCGUGCCAAAAAAUUUCAGUAUAAAAACCUUCAAAGAUUUGCUCUCACCAGAAGAUGAUAGAUGUUCUGUUUAUGAAAUUAACAUGGAUGGAGAUUAUUACCAAAUACCAACAAAAAAUUCAACAAGAAUGGAAUGUAGCCAAAACAGGGAAUUUCAUACGGAAAAUAUAUCAUCGGUUGUAUCGGAGUUCAACUUAGUUUGUGAGAGAAAAUGGCUGAAGAGCUGUUCAAAGUCAGUGUUUUUUGCUGGUCGUCUGAUUGGUGCAUUUGUAUUUGGGAUCUUAGCAGACAGAUAUGGUCGUCAUCACUGCUUCUUCUUCGGUUUAACGUUAAUGAUUGCAAGUGGAAUUAUCAAUAUAUUCAUUAAUUCUUUUAUAGUUUUCAUAUUUCUAUAUUUCUUCCAAGGCUUUGGUCAAGUCGGUAGCUACUUCUGUUCUUACACCAUUAUGAUUGAACUCGUUUCAACGAAAUACCGAAGUCCAUUGAAUUUCUCCCUCCAUAUAAUGUAUGCUACGGGUGUAAUGGUUCUUGUUGGUUUUGCUUAUGCUCUUCCCAGCUGGCGCCACCUGGAGUGUGCCAUCUGUGUACCAUUUGUGGUCUACAUUUUUACCUGGAAGCUUCUACCAGAAUCACCGAGAUGGCUUAUUGGGAGGGAAAGAUAUGCAGAAGCUGAACUAUUGCUGAGAGAAAUUGCAAAGACAAACGGCAAAGAUCCAGACAUAAUCAACGAACAAUUUGAAAGCCUCAUUACUGAGUCGAAAGAGAAGAGAGAAAAGCAGAAAACAGAAAAAACUUAUACGUUUAUUGAUUUGAUUAAAAAACCUUAUCUGGCGUUCAUCUCCUUUAAUGUUUGGUUUAACUGGUUCGCUAACAGCAUGCUGUAUUAUGGAGUAACGUUAAAUGCUGUUGAUAUGGCAGGAGAUCCCUAUAUCAACUUUUUGAUAAUGGCAGUCGUGGAGAUUCCAGCCUGUCUCGUCUGCAUGUGGUUCUUCCAUUGCUUCGGUCACCGUAAACCAAUUUCAUUCUUCAUGGUAUUUGGUGGAAUAAACUGCAUCAUCUCCAAUUUCAUUCAGAAAGGUUCUGUUUGGAUCCCGUUAUUCUUUGCCGUUCUUGGAAAAUUUGGGGCUACUGCAGCGUAUGGAGGAAUUUAUUUAGUAUCAGCAGAAGUGUUUCCAACUGUAGCUCGCAACACUGGUAUCGGCAUGUCAUCAGUCUUUUCGCGUGUAGGAGGCAUAUGUGCCCCUUUUCUUCUUGAAUUAUCUACGUAUGUCUAUUGGCUCCCUUUAACUACUUUUGGCAUAAUCUCCAUAUUAUUUGGUUUUCUUCUUCUGCUUCUACGAGAGAUGAAAGAUUCUUCUUUACCCCAGUCUAUGGACGAUAUGGGAAAAUUAAGGAAACAUUCCGAAAAGUUGUGAGAUCGACGAGUAAUCAGUUUGUGAUGAGAAUUUUAUGAUGAGAAUAUUUCAAUUCAGAUUUUUAACAUUCACAUUAAACCAUACAUUUUUGUUAUUUUCAUGUAAAUAGAAAGGAUGUAUUCGAUAACGGACACAUUACUGAUUUUUUGUAUCGAUGUAUCGAUCCCGCCGGCAUUGACGAAUUAAGAAGAAAAGAAAAAGAAGUGAACAAAGCAGCGAAAUGAAAUUUAUAAUUAUGGGAUUUGUGACUGGAAACUUAAGAAACCAUGUUUAAACACCUCAAGACAUAUAGUUCAACAAUCUACCGUUUAUAUCUAAAUAAGUCUAAACUAACAAAAAGGAAAAAAAACCCAACAAAACAAAAACAAAACA